UUUUAGACUGUGCAAGGAAACAGAGUGCUUGAUCUGUGUCUCUAGCAGUACAAGCCCUUCCCUUAAUUGUUUUUUGACUGAGCAGUUUCAUUUCAGAGACCAGAACCCAGCUAAGAAUAGGAUGAAGACAGAGGCUAUGUGAUUAUGUGAGAUCAAUAUGCUGUGCAAGCAAUAGGAAGUAUAACUGGGCUUGUUCUUCACGAUUUCGUGGUAAACUUGUGUGGAAGAAAUAGGACCUUGGAAUGUCAUUCUUUGGCAUAAACUGCAUAAAAAAGAAACAUCAUGAGGAAGAGAGACAUCUCCGAGCAAAUGAUCGAGAGUUCAACCUCACAUUUCAGUAUGCGACAAAUGCCAUCAAAACAUCAAAGUACAACAUUAUCACUUUUCUGCCACUGAACCUGUUUGAACAGUUCCAGAGGAUUGCCAAUGCAUACUUCCUCUUUCUACUGAUUCUGCAGCUGAUCCCGGAGAUCUCCUCCCUAGCCUGGUAUACUACAGUUGGGCCCCUGGUGCUGGUGUUGUCAGUGACAGCAGCUAAAGAUGCCAUUGAUGAUAUUAAUCGAAGUAAAACUGAUAAACAAGUCAAUAACCGAAAGGUGAAGGUCCUUGUUAAUGGCAAGCUAGAAAGUGAAAAGUGGAUGAAUGUUCAAGUGGGUGACAUAAUUAAACUGGAAAACAACCAAUUUGUUACGGCAGACCUACUUUUGCUGUCCAGCAGUGAGCCCCUUAGUCUUGUGUAUAUAGAAACAGCUGAAUUGGAUGGAGAAACAAACCUUAAAGUGAAGCAGGCACUAUCCAUCACUGGAGAUAUGGGGGAUGAUAUUAGCAAGCUAUCCAGCUUCAAUGGUGAGAUCCAGUGCGAGCCACCCAACAACCGUCUGGAUAAGUUCACAGGGACACUGGUUUUCAAAGAACAAAAAUACUCUUUAGACAAUGAGAAGAUCCUUCUAAGGGGCUGCACUUUGAGAAAUACGGAGUGGUGCUAUGGACUGGUUAUCUUUGCAGGACCUGAAACCAAGCUGAUGCAAAACUCAGGAAAAACUAGUUUCAAGAGGACCAACAUUGACCGCCUCAUGAAUGUUCUUGUUCUGUGGAUCUUUGGAUUUCUGGCAUUUAUGUGUGUGAUCCUCGCUAUUGGCAAUGGCAUUUGGGAAUAUCAGCAAGGAUUUUUUUUCCAGGUUUUCCUUCCCUGGCCAACCAGCAUUCCAAAUGCAUCAUUCUCAGCCUUUCUUACCUUCUGGUCCUAUGUCAUCAUCCUUAAUACAGUGGUGCCCAUCUCCCUUUAUGUCAGUGUGGAGAUUAUCCGUCUAGGAAACAGUUUUUACAUUGACUGGGACAGAAAGAUGUAUUACCCACGAUGUGAUAUGCCUGCACAGGCACGUACCACCACACUCAAUGAAGAGCUUGGACAGAUAAAAUAUAUCUUUUCUGAUAAAACUGGUACUCUCACCCAGAACAUUAUGAUGUUUAAUAAAUGUUCUAUCAACGGCAAGUCUUAUGGUGAUGUGUUUGAUUUCACAGGAAACCGCUUGGAAAUCACAGACUACACAGACCGGGUGGACUUCUCUUUCAACCCAUUAGCUGAUCCCAAGUUUGUAUUUCAUGACCAUAGCCUGGUAGAAGCAGUAAAGCUGGGAGAUCCAGAAGUUGAGACUUUUUUCCGCCUGUUGUCCCUUUGCCACACUGUCAUGCCUGAGGAAAAACAGGAAGGUUUAUUGCUAUACCAGGCUCAGUCACCAGAUGAGGGUGCUCUUGUCACUGCUGCAAGGAACUUCGGUUUUGUGUUUGUCUCAAGGACGUCUGAAACCAUUACAGUAGUUGAGAUGGGUGAAACAAAAUCUUAUGAACUUCAAGCAAUCCUGGACUUCAACAAUGUGCGCAAACGGAUGUCCGUCAUUGUGCGUAAUCCAGAUGGGAAAUUGUCCCUGUACUGCAAAGGAGCAGACACCAUCAUCUACGAGAGGCUACACCCAGACUGCAAAAAACUGAUGGAUGUAACAACUGAGCACCUAAAUGAGUUUGCUGGGGAAGGCCUACGUACACUAGUAUUAGCCUAUAAGGACCUGGAUGACAGCUACUUUAACAGCUGGAAGGUCCGUCACCAUGAAGCCAUUACCUCACUGGAAAAUCGGGAAGAGAAGCUUGAUGAGCUGUAUGAGGAGAUAGAGACCAACAUGAAGCUUCUGGGUGCAACAGCCAUUGAAGACAAACUACAGGAUGGUGUUCCCCAAACAAUUGAGCAGCUUUCUAAAGCAGACAUUAGGAUCUGGGUGCUGACAGGAGACAAACAAGAGACAGCUGAAAACAUUGGAUAUUCCUGCAGUCUACUGCGUGAGGAAAUGAAUGAAGUAUUCAUCAUCAACUCAAAUUCUUUACAAGAUGUGAGAGAAGAUUUGAAAGAUGCAAGAAGGAAAAUGAAGCCAGAAUCAGCACCUGAUGAGGGAAAUGAGGUAAUCAUAGAACACAUUUGUGGCAAGCAGAAACGGAAAGUUGUACCUGAGGAAACCAUAGAUGGAGAUUAUGGACUUCUAAUUAAUGGACAUAGCCUGGCUUUUGCUUUGGAGCCAAGCUUAGAGUUGGAGUUUCUCAAGACAGCUUGUAUGUGCAAAACUGUCAUCUGCUGCCGAGUGACACCUCUGCAGAAAGCCCAAGUUGUCCAGUUGGUCAAGAAGUAUAAAAAAGCUAUCACCCUGGCCAUUGGAGAUGGAGCGAAUGACGUUAGUAUGAUAAAAACUGCACAUAUUGGUGUAGGAAUCAGUGGACAAGAGGGAAUGCAGGCAGUCCUUUCCAGUGAUUUCUCCUUUGCUCAGUUCCGCUACCUACAGCGCCUUCUACUGGUGCAUGGCAGGUGGUCCUACAUUCGCAUGUGCAAAUUUCUCAGCUAUUUUUUCUACAAGAAUUUUACUUUCACACUUGUCCACUUCUGGUAUGCCUUCUUCUGUGGAUUCUCUGCUCAGACAGUAUAUGAUGAGUGGUUUAUCACUUUCUACAACUUAGUUUACACAUCACUUCCAGUCCUGGGAAUGAGUCUGUUUGAUCAGGAUAUUAAUGACCAUUGGAGCAUGGAGUAUCCUGAGCUUUAUGGCCCUGGCCAGCACGAUAUCUAUUUUAACAAGCGUGUAUUUAUGAAAUGCCUAUUGCACAGCAUCUACAGCUCCCUCAUCCUCUUUUUCAUUCCAUAUGGUGCAAUGUGUGACACAGUGAGAGAUGAUGGGAUGGACAUUGCAGAUUACCAGUCCUUUGCUUUGUUGGCACAGACUUGCUUGCUGGUUACAGUGUCUAUUCAGAUGGGCUUAGACACUGCUUACUGGACAGCUGUUAAUCAUUUCUUUAUUUGGGGGAGCCUGGCUGUCUACUUUGCUAUCACCUUUACUAUGUACAGUAAUGGCAUUUACCUCAUGUUACCAGCAUACUUUCCAUUCAUUGGAACAGCCAGGAACACGCUUAAUCAGCCUAGUGCCUGGUUCACUAUUGUGCUUACAACCAUUCUCUGUGUAUUGCCAGUUGUUGCUUAUAGAUUCUUCAAAAUUGAACUUCAACCCACUGUCAGUGACAAGGUAAAACGAAAGGUCGACAAGAUGGAGCGAGUCCCUCUACCAAGACCCAGUCGUGCCCGCAUAAGAAGGAGUAGUUCCCGCCGUUCAGGAUAUGCUUUUUCUCACGUACAAGGUUAUGGAGAAUUGGUCACAUCUGGCAGAUACCUACGGAAACGCGCUGGUGGUCGACUGGCUACUUUCAGCCCUAGAGGAAAGGACGCUAAUAAACAGAUUGUAAAUGCCACACAAACAUACAGAAUGUUCAGAGAAACUGACAACCAGAACUCCUAGCAAUUAUAGAGAAUGUUAUGCCAUAACCACCAAAAGAUGUCACUUUGUGUAUAUUGAAAGUUGGCAAGCCAAGAUUGCAACUAUGGUGCCAAAUAUUCAAAGGACCGGCUAAUCAAUGCCAAAUAUAUAAAUAUCAACACUUUGUAUUUUUUACUUUCAGAAAAUCGUUUAAAAUAAAUACCAGAUUGUUUAAUUGAAGCAACUUUCUGUUUGAGUCCUCUGCCUUUGAAUUGUGUAAUCGAUAAACUGGAGACUGCUUCAAAUGGGAAACUGAAGAAGGUAACUUGAGAUCUUUUCAUUUUUCUUGAAGGUUUACAUUCUUUUUGAUUCUGGAAGUGAUGCCUUAAACGCUACAAAUCUGCAGCAGAACCCUCAAAUUUCUGUACUACAGACACUAA